CGCUGCUUUAAGGAGUUGAAUCAGGGUCACCGAGAGAGACACAUAUACCCUCGGUGUUGAUAAUCGAGACGAUCGAAACGAUUUGUUUGUUACUCCGACGAGAAAAAGGACAUUCUACGAGAAGGAUUCAGUGGGUAUGAAUUUUAGCAGUAGUCAAGAUGUCAAGUGACAGCGAUAGUACUUGUUCGAUACAUCAUCACACUCACAAGCGCAAGAAGAUUGUCAUUAGCGAUAGUGAUAGCAGCGACGAAUCUGUUAUUGUACAAACUCGAAGGAAGAAGAAGAUACUUAGAGUCGUUAGCGAAGGAGAAAGUAGCAGCGACGAUAGUGAUGUACCUAAGCCUGUGAUUAGACGACAAAACCAUAGAGUUAUUAGUGAGGAUGAAUCCAGUUACAAUAGUAGCGGAGGAGGGAGCGGAUCCACUCAGAAUGAUAGCAGUAGCACAUCCGAAUGGCAAAGUGAUUGGUCGAGUUCCGACGAGCUGAGCGGGGACACCGGCAAAUAUAAAGCCAAGCGAAAAGUCUUGUCGAAAACCAAGGGUGAAAAUGCCGAUAAGCCUGGCUCCUCCUCGCCGACCAACGCCAACGCCAACUCCGACAGCGACGAUCAAUUGGAAAAGUGUCCUAUAUGUCUGCUACCAUUUAGAAAGCAGCAAGUCGGCAACCCAUCCGAAUGCGAUCAUUGCUUCUGUUUAGAAUGUUUACUGGAGUGGAGUAAGAACAUUAACACUUGCCCUGUGGAUCGCAUACCCUUCACUACAAUCGUUGUUAGAAAUCAUUUUGACGGCGAGAUCAUAAAUCGUUUACCAGUAGAAGCUGUGCCGCGUAUUGAAAAUCAAGCGGACGAUCCAACAUAUUGCGAGAUAUGCCAUGAAAGUGACAGGGAAGAUCGAAUGUUACUUUGCGACAAUUGCGAUCGCGGCUAUCAUAUGGAAUGUUUAACACCUCCGAUGACUACGGUUCCCAUUGAAGAAUGGUACUGUCCGGGGUGUACCCGAAACAACUCAACUAGAUCGUAUUUGUCGAGUUUCGUGCCAACACUUGUGCAGACAGGGAGAAAUCCUAGUCGGUUCCUCCGUGAUUUAAGUAGGAACUUGAACUUAAACAUAUUCCGUAAUAUACUUCCUCCUUUCAAUGAUCGUACACACGUACCUGCCAAUCGCGCUCGCAGGCCACGAGUGCGCAAUCACGGUCCGACAGACGAUAUCGAGCAGUUUAUCGAUCCGAAUCAGCCGUCUACCUCGUCCGGCCUCGAUUCGAUCGGCGACAAUAGCCGGAGUCGUUCCCCAAACACUAGCCUAGAAGGUAACGCUUCUUCCACGCGUUCGAACACAAAGCCCAAGACCAAAACGCCGAAGAGGAAGCGGAAGAAGCUCGCGAAGAGCGCGAAGAAGAGCGGCGGUAAUCUGCUACGGCAAGUUCGAAUCACAGAGUACAACGAUGACGGCGAAGAGGAAGAGAUAGUGACGUAUGUCAAAGUCGCAUCAUCCACGUCGAGGAGGAAGUGUAAGAAAAGAACAAAGAAAACGCGCAAGAGGAGAAAAUACAAACGACGUGCGCGCGCUGAAGCGUCCGUGCUGACUAGCACGCGUACGGUAAAAAGAAGAUUGGCCUCGACGCUCGGUAUGGAGAAGCCGAAGGUGCCGCUGCUCGUGCCCACCAUGAAAAAUGUCUCCUCUAUUCCUGAGAAAAGCGCUCUCAUGAACGCCAGAUACAGCGCCGGUAUACCUCAAGUCAGUCUCUUUGGAGAUAAUCUGGGAUUAGAUUACAGUCCACCUGGAUCGGACGAUGAUGGCGAAUAUUCCAUUGGGGUUGGAGGUGGUCCAAUGGUAAAUGUACGACAACGACGAUUGGCGGUGCCGUCGAUCAGACGCCGCGCCGUUUUGAAAACUAUCGUCGAUCCGGUCAACGAGGUGGAUAAUAUAGGCAUAACAGAUCUACUGAGCAGCAUAAUGAGCAGUCAGGAGCUGUGGCAUUCGACCAAGAAGAAGGACGACGUGAUUCUGAAGGCUGACGGUCUGCUGAUGGUGAAUAAUCCCGAGAAGGAGAACAAGCACAGCAUCAAUAACAACGAGAGUCCGAAGAAGGAGAAGCAGGUUGAGGAGGAGGAGGUCAUAAAACACGAGGAGGCAAUCCUGGAGGCGGUUGACACGCCGCUGGAUCUGUCUAAUAUCAAUUCCAACGACAUCACCCAGGCGCCGAUGUACAACAAUCCCUGCGGCGGAGGCGGCGGUGGUGGCGGCGGCGGCGGCAGCGGCGGCAACCGGGGAAACUUCCGGGGUGGCUACGGCCGCGACAACGGCCGACACGGCGGCCACGGGGGGCAGACCUACGGCGGUGGCCGGGACUCGCUGCCACCGAGCGGCAGGCACAAUUACAGCGGUGGGACCGGCGGCGGCGGUCCGCGGGACAACUUUGGGAAUCGCGACUUCGGCCCGCCGCCGUUCUACAAUCCGAAUUUCGAGCACUGCGGCGGACCGCCCAUGUUCGGCGCCCACGCGCCGCCGCCGCCGUUCCGCAGCCGCAAUCCCCAGCACUUCCGCAACGAGCGGCUGCGUUUUCCGCCGCCGCCGCCGCCCGCCGAGCGGCCGUUUAAUUAUACGGACGGUGGUGGCAGUGGUGGCUUCGAGCAGAGACCGUUUCCGCACGCGACGGACCGAUUUCCCAGGCCCAGGCUACCCCCGUUGAGUAUACCGCCUCCCGGUGGUCCGUCCAUCGCGCCGUUAAACGCACCGGAUCCCAUGGGUAUGCAGCAGCCGAUUCACAUACACAACAGUCUACCGCCCUCGGUCAACCUGCCGGAAGACAUGGCGCGGAAUUAUCAGCCGCCGCCCGAGCAAAGUGAUCGCAUCGCGAUGCCGGAUCCCGCGGUCGUGUCGCCCGUAAUUGCGUCACCCGCGGCCGCGUCGCCCGCCACGCGACAGGACAACGACGACUGCGACAUCUAUUGCGACAUCGAACCGCCAUCGAAGCCCGAUUGCGAGGCACAGGAGGAGCUUCACAGUAACGGCUCGAUGAUCCUGCUGCCGCCGCCGGAACCGCCGUCCGGUCUGCUGGACUUCGAGGAGAACUCCAGAAGCGACAAGGACGACAGCGAGCAGGAAUUGGUGAUCGACGACAGUCACAAGGAGGACACGACGACGAGAGAUCUGACGGCGAGCGGCGACAAAUACGAUCCGUUCGCGGCCGACAGCGACAGCAACGACGACGUCGCCGCCCCGUUGAAGACGGCGCUGGAGAAGGCGGAAGUGUCGCGGAACAGCCUGGACAGCUGUAACAUCCCCAUGCCGAUCGCGCCGCCGUUGGUCUCGGCGGCGUAUCCCCCGAUGCCGGCGACGCAGGCCCAGAGCAGGCAGGAAGUCAUUCGGUUGACCGCGUACGACGACGAAGAUGACAACGACUCGCAGUCGGACUGCCCGAACUUUUCCAUCUACUCGUCGCAGACCAUGGACGUAGCCAGGCAUACGGAACAGGAGUUGUCGCAGCAGAUCGGACCGCUACAGCCACCGCCUAUGCCGCCCAACAUCCCCGACGACGACGACAUCAUCGUGGGGGACGUUCAAGCCUGCGAUCUGCCGGACGUGCCGCCCGAGCCGGCCGAUCCCUAUCUCGAGGCGCUGCAGAAGGAGCGGCAGACCCUGAGUAAGAUACCACCGAAGAAGAUCUCGCACGACUCGCGUGGUAAGAUCACCUUCAAGAUCGGCAACAAACUCAGGCUCAACAAUCGGCUGAGCGGCCUGCACGCGGACGAUCAUUCGCAGAACACGAGUUUUCUUCAGAAAAGAACGGUCACGGCACCGCCGGUCGAAAGCAAGCAGCAACAACAGGAGCGAGACAGCGACAGGGGUGUCGGUUCGUCAAAGUCAGCGAUCGAGUCUACAGCCGCACGAUCGUCGGCGGCGUUGAAUCCGUUGAUAAAGAUAGGACCACAAUUUGCCGAAGAGGAGGAGGAGGAGGAGGAGGAGGAAGAAAAGAAGACGGAACUCGCUCCAGCGAGCCCAAAGAAGAAAGAUGCGCUCGAUAGUCGGCGCGGAAGCAAAGAGUUCCGUAUAACGGAGAGCUCGUCGGACGACGAAAUUACGAAGGUGGACGAACGGCCGAGACACGUCGACGCUUCACCUGACAAGAAGGAGGAGGAGGACGACGACGAACGGGAAGUGUUGCAAUUGGCGGCGGCGGACGCGGCGACGCCGCGCGAGACCGUCGUGGUCGCGGAAAGCGCGGUGCUGUUGUCGGCUCCCGACACGGCCCGGUCGUCGCCGAGAAAAUUGGACGGCAGCGAGUUGAGCAUGGAAUGCAGCUCGGAGGACUUGGAGGGUGGCGACGUGCCGAACAAGACCACGUUGUCGCGUCCCGAGGCCGAGUUGCGCGGCGAGACGAGCGCGCGCGGCGACUCGCGCGAGCGGGAAUGGAGUACCGACGACGAGGACGACGACGACAACGACGAGCGUUCGCCGACGAGCAGUCAUAAACUCGCCAAGGUGGACAGCGACGAUAGGAACAACGAUAAAGCGUCGAGCGACAACGAGGAUCCAAACUCGUCGGAUCAGCGGCACGAGAAGGAGAGCUUCUCGACGGUGGACGACGAGGCGGAGCAGUUUCCGAUCGAGAAGGACAAGCUGGACGACGAGCCGCCCGCACCCGCCACUUUCGUCGACAACAGCUGGGAAUCGGACGGCGCUUACACACCCUGCAAAGACGAGCUGCCCGUGAGGGAUGAGAAUAUGCAGGAGCAGCAGUGUACGGUGCCGUUCGAGGCCGGCUUGGAGCCCAUCACGCCAACGAAGGACAAGACGAACGACGAUCUGGAUGACUGCAGAUCGCCGGCCGGUUACGCCGAGCUGGGCACCGAGGCUAUAUCCGAGACCGACGAGGCGAUUAAUUUCGAGGAGGAGCUAAUCGCCCUGGCGUUACGAAAGGAGAAGGAGAAGGAGAUGGAGGACGGCGAGAUACUGGACGAGAGCAAGCUGGAUGUGAAGGAGCGUGAGAAGUUGAAGGACGAGAGGGAAGACGAUGGCAAGAAGAGGAAGAAGAAGGACAAGAAGGAAAAGAGCAAGGAGAGCACGGAGAAGAACAAGGAGAACAUCUCGUCGGACAAUCUGGUCUCGUGGAAGAAACUUUCGAAGAACACGAAGGACCGGCCGUAUCGCGACAAGGACAAACGGUCCAGGUCGAAGGAGAAGGAGAGGGACAAGGACAAGUCUAAGAAGAAGGCGAAGGAGGUCAGUAAGAAGAAGGAGAAGAGGAAAGAGCUGCCGCGAUACGACGUGAGGAAGAUCGUGGCCGAGAAGCCGUCCCGGCCGAGGAAGGACGAGUACGGCCGGGACAUCAGGGAGAAGUCGUCGCGAAGCAGAUCGAGAAGUCGGUCGUCGAAUAAAAUUCAGUCGGGCUCGAAGGAUCGACGGAGCCGGUCGUACUCGAAGGGACGGUCGAAGAGCAGAUCCCGCCUCCGGUUGUCCUGGUCGAGAGAUCGCGGCCAGUCGUACUCGAAGUCGUGCCGCUCCAACUCGCGCAGAUCGUCGUCCCGCACCAGGCGCAAGUCGCGAAGGCGAUCACUGUCGAGGCGCCACUCGAUCUCCCGCAGGAGGUCGCGAUCGGUGUCGCGCAAGCGGCGCUCGCUGUCGCCCAGACGGCGCGCCCGGCGAUCGCUGUCGCGAACGCGCGACAAGCGGAAGGACAAGACGAAGAAGUACAAGUCGCGCAGUCGCUCGAGGAACCGCAAGAGAUCGCGCAGCAAGGCGUCGCCGAAGAGAACGUCGUCCAAGACGCGCGAGAAGAAGCACGGCAAGAGGAAGGCGCACAGUCGGUCACGGUCGAAGGACAGGUCGAUCUCGCGCGAACGGGAUCGCAACAGGAACUGGGAUCAGCUGAACGUGGAGAAGAGCGUGGAGCAGGAGCAGCAGCAGCAGCAACAGCAGCAGCAGCAGUUCCCGCGCGAACGCGAGGAGCACGAGCGCUCGUGGAGCGCGCAGUGGACGCCGUCCUGGUCGCGCUCGAGGUCGAAGACACCGCCGCACAUCCAGCAGGAGCCGAUCGGCGCGCGAAAUUGGUCGCCGCCCUCCGUGCUGGACAGCGUGUCGCCGAAGAACCUGACUGUCAUACUGACGAACAAGGAGGCGAUAAAGAAGAAGAAGAAGGAGCGGCGAAAAGAGAGCCGGAAGUCCAAGGAGGCGGAGAAGCGGCGGAAGGGCAAGCGCAACAGGACGCCGCCGCCGUCGAAGGAGGUGUUCGCCAGCGGGGACAAUAUACUAGUUAGCGUGUGUUUCAACAAGGACAACGAGAUAAAUCCGUCGGCCACGCCGGAGUUACCGCCAACUAUUCCAUUGUCACCGCCGAUAAAACGACGACGGCGGGAGUCCGUUCAGACGGAGCAGUCGGCGCCCUCCGCGAAGCGCUCGAAGAAGGAGAAGACGAAGGACAAGCGAUCGAAGUCGCCGAAGGUGAAGAAGGACAAGAAGAAGAAGUCGAAGGCGGCGGAGAUCGCGGCGACGAAGAAGCCCGUCGCCGUGAUCGAUCUCGAUCAGUCGCCGUUCCGCGAACAGACGCCAUCGCCCCGCGACGUUAUAGUGCUGAGCGACGACGACGACAAGCAGGCGCAGGAGACACUCGCCGCGUCGCCGGAGCAGUGCCAGCCGUCGCAGGCGUCGCCGCCGCGCGAGCAGUUCGUCUCGCAAGGCCCGAAGACGCCGCCGGAGCCGCAGAUCAAGUUCUCCAUAAACAAGCAGCCCAGCAAUCUCAGACCGUCCCUGAUAAACCCUCUGCUGGAGGAGGAAGAGGAGGAGGAGGAGGAGGAGGAAGAGGAAGAGGAGGAGGAGAUGAUGGACGAGCGGGCCGAGGAGGAGCUCGAGAUGCGGGCGCAGGAGGAGCUGGAGCUGCGCCUCAAGAUCGGCCCCAACACACCUCCCGAGCCGCCAACGUCCCCGCCAACCUCCCCGGACGCUUACGAUCCCUUCGACCCCACCAAGUCCCGUUCGCCCACUCCGGACGCCAGUCAAGAGGCCACGCCGAACGACGAGCGCGACCGGGCGCAGCGCAACUCGCCCAGGAAGCACGACGGCGCCGCGGACACCCCGCUGCCGUUGGACGAGCCCGGUAACCAGCAGCAGGAACAGCCCAGUCAGGAGAAGCCGAUAGAGAAGCCAAAGAUAAUAUCGAUAGUGACGAUCAAGCGACCGUCGCCGCAGAGAGACGUCGCCGCGUCUCCCGCGCCCGAGAGUCAGACGGACAUGGCCCAGUCGUGCAGCGGCAGCAGCCCGCCCAAGACCCAGCAGAAUCCGCAGAGCGCGCAGUCGACCGCCAAUCCGUUCAGCACCAUCAAUCCCGUGCUGGCGACGGUGGCGGCCGCGGUGCAGAGAAGCUUCAACGCCAGCACGCCUAACACCACGCAAAGGACCCUGCUGCAGCCUAGUCGCAUCUCGCCGAGCAAUCAGAUGAAGCAACGCACAAACGACAGGCCGCAGCUUCCCAAUAUAUUCGCGAACUCCGCGAAAUCAUCCACCAUAGCGCGAACCUCGAAAUCGGCCCAGGGUAAAGCCAGCUCGACGGUGGGGCAGAACGGCAACGACGCGACCAUAGAUAUGACGAAUGACAAUGUCGUCGAUAUGUCGUCCCCGUAUUCUCCGGGCUCGACCCUGAGCGACGGCUUGUUCGAUCCGCCCAGCCCCGCCAACUUCAACAACUCGCCCGUUGCGAACGCACCACCGCCCGUCGUUCCUAAAACCACCGCGCCGAAGGUCAAUAAAAGUGCGGAGAAGAAGGACGCGUUCGACGCGCUGUUCGGUGGAAUACUGCCGCCAGUUAAGACUGCAACCAAAAACAGAAGCAAGAAACAGAUCGUCAAGGAAAAGACGAAGAAAUCCACCAAUCCUAAAGUUGGCGUCCGCAUGGACGAAAAUCAGCUUCAAAUCCUGGACGAUCUUCCUAGUUCUGCUGUAGAAAUGCAAGUUAAAGAUAAGUUUCUCAAGAAACUAAACCGACAGGAGAGAGUGGUGGAGGAAGUGAAAUUAGUUCUCAAGCCCCACUAUACCAAAAAGCACAUUACGAAAGAGGAAUAUAAAGACAUCAUGCGUAAAGCAGUACCUAAGAUAUGUCAUAAUAAGACAGGCGAGAUUAAUCCUAAAAAGAUAGCCCAUCUAAUUGAAGCGUAUGUAAAGAAGUGUCGGAACAACAAGAAGAAGACGUCUUCUGCCAAGAUAGCGAAACCUACGAAGACUCUAUGGAGUUGAUCACGUGUUGGCAAUCCUAGCGCAUUAGAAACUUCUUCAACAUUAGGCCUCUCCUUAGACCACGCGUAAAUCACAUUCUAUCUUCUCUCGAUGGUAAGUGAAUUGGACGUAUGCAUGUAUAUGUGUAUAUAUAAUAUAUAUAUGUACAUGCAUAUACAUACAUAUAUCUUACACGUAUACAUCUAUUGACGAGCGAAACAUCUAUUGUGUGUACAUACUUUAUUAAUUGUAAUAAGCGUAAUAUUUUUAUUUAUCUAAUUGUUCAAAUACGAAUAAGAGAUUCGUGAUUGCUAUUAUUAUUAUUAUUAUUAUUAUUCACAAAUAUUAACGUCUAGACACGUUCGCGCGUAAUUCGCGUAGGCAACCCGACGAUGUACGGCCUCUGUCCGAAAAUAUACGGCCCGUGCAUCAUUGCGAUGCCUCCCGAUGAAAUAGAUUCGGGAUCAACGAUCAACGAUCCCUUCGCUAAAUUAACUAGAGGGAAUAUAUUGUACGAUAAGGUCUCAUAUUUUAGAGUGUGAUUGUGUAAUUUCAAAGAAAGAAAAAAAAAAGAGAAACUGACGACAAAAAAUAGACGCUCAAGUAAUACGAGUCGCUAUUUAUGAAAGAGGAAGCGAAUGGCCAGGCGUAUUUUUUUUUUCCCUCCCCCCCAGCAACUUGCGCUGUAAAAUCAGUACAUCCUUAAAUCUGUGAAUCCCAGUAGAUUCUUCGAACUUACUUUAUACAAGCGAAGAAAAAAAAAAUGGCCUGCGGAGAUCUUUUUCAUACGAGUACCAUGGAGUCUCCAUGGCAGGAUAUAUAUAUAUAUAUAUGCCGCAACUUGUUUCACUUUUUAUUCAUACUCUUGUAAAACACACAUUUCCAAUCAGCGAUUUCAGAUGUAAAUAAAUCAUGUAUAAAAUAUUACCGAAA